GAUAGAUAGAAGUGCGUGCAGUGGGUGGAUGAUGGAGAGGAUAAACACAAAGUUGUACUUGGAGAACUGCUACAUAAUGGCGGAGAACGAGAGGCUGAGGAAGAAAGCGGAGGUUCUGAACCAGGAAAACCGGGCCCUUCUCAACCAGCUCAAGAACCGCCUCUCCCCACAACCCCCCGCCGCCGCCGCCAUGACGAACAAAAACAAGAACAAGAACGCUUCCAUUCCGGACCUCAAUCUCGCCGCCGCCGCCGCCUUCUCCGACGCUGCUGCUUCGUCCUCGUCUUCCAAGUCGUCGUUCAAGAAUUAAUAAUAAUAAUCUCCAUUCCGCCCGCCUAAUUCUUCAUCUCCUAAAACAAACAAGAUCUGUAAACCUAAUCUCGUUCUAGUUCUACUCUCCGGCGCACAGUUAACCUAUUCAGUCGCACCUUUCUGCUCUCAUCUCGUUCUACUCUCCUACGCACAUCUCCGUCGGCCUGCAUCUUUCUGGCGAAAUCUCUCUGGCGCACAUCUGAAUUAGGUAUCGGCCAGCAUAUUCAGGCUGCAUCAGUACUCCAUCUUACCAUUCAAUUCGUUCGGCCUGCGAUUCAUUCAGAUGUCAAGCAAAGAUAACACAAGAAAAGAUGGUAAAUCUUUCUUGUAAAUUGAAGUCAGAGCUAUGUAUAAGAUAUAUAGUAGAUCAAAGAUAAAUCGAUUUGGCAUGGCAUGGCUGACUUGGCAGGGCUUGUGGGAAUUUGAUGAAGACACUAUUGUUAGAGAGCAUAUCAUAUAACAAUAUAAUGACUCUAUUGCAUUUCUUUUUAAUUUUUUUGGAACUCAUUAUUAGAGGAUCAAUUGAUGUUGGAACUCACUAUUUA